AUGGCUAAUCUCACCAGGAGUGGGUUUAUUCUCGUGGUAUUUUCUGACGAGCCUGAACUAGAAAUCUUAUUUGCAUCCUUGUUCUUAGUCCUCUAUUUGUUGGCUUUAACUGGCAACAUCCUCAUCAUCACCACCACGUCCAUGGAUGAGAGCCUCAACUCCCCCAUGUACUUCUUCCUGAAGCAUCUCUCCUUCUUGGAUCUCUGCUAUAUUUCUGUGACUGUACCGAGAUUCAUUUACAACUCUUUCAUGCAGAGUGGCAAUAUUUCCCUCUGGGAAUGCAUAGUGCAGUGUUUUGCUUUUGUUGUCGGUGGUACUACUGAACUAGCCAUGCUCACAAUGAUGUCCUAUGAUCGCUAUGUGGCCAUCUGCCUUCCACUGCGCUAUGAAAUCAUCAUGGAUGUCAAAACAUGUGUCCAUGGAGUAGCUGGAGCUUGGAUCAGUGGGACUAUUGCUGCAGUCAUGCACACAACAGCUACUUUCUCCAUCCGUUUCUGUGAACCCCUGGUCAUUCACCAGUUCUUCUGUGAUAUUCCUCCAAUCUUGAAACUAUCCUGCUCCAAUGACUAUCUUGGUGAGGUUGGAGUCAUUGCCUUUGCAGCCAUGUUGUCAUUUCUUUGUGUCAUCUUUAUUGGAUUCUCCUACAUGCACAUAUUUUCUUCUGUGCUGAGGAUGCCAUCUGCAGAGGGCAGAGCCAAGGCCUUUUCCACCUGCCUCCCCCACCUUGCUGUUGUCAUAUUGUUUAUGUCUACAGCUUCCUUUGAGUAUUUUAAGCCUCAUUCUGACUCUCCAACUGCUUUGGACAUGUUUCUUACUCUGAUGUAUACAGUAGUUCCCCCAACCUUCAAUCCAGUGAUCUAUAGCUUGAGAAAUAAAGCCAUCAAGUCAGCUCUAAGAAAAAUGUUUCAUAGAAGAAACGAAGUACUAACUUAUUCAUGUCAAUUGGGACACAAGUUCAAUAUCUAA